AGACUGGGCAUGCUCAGUAGCUGGGCAGGCUUUGGUCGCCCAGUGGGAAGCCUUUGCACUCCCCGUGCCUCUGUCGGCUCCCUCCCCGCCAGGAGCCACCCAGGUUGCAGCCCAGAGCUGCUCUCCUCAGCCUGACCCAGAUUCUCGCCCCCGCCCAGCCAGCCUGGAUCCAGUGCGGCAUCUGAGGCGGCUGCUCUUCCCGUGCCUCGGGCGCCCGGUGACAGAGUUGUUCUCUGCUACUGCCACCGCGGAGAGCCGAGCCAGCUGCUUAUAGAAGGCAGCGGGAGGGCGUGCAGGCUGGGGAGGCUGGGGAAGGAGGGAUGGAGACAGGGCUGCCGCUCUAUGGGACCAAUUUAACCAGCAGCAGCCGUCAGAACACAGAUUCCUUGGAUUCCUUCAAGAAUCAAUUUAAACCCUACAUUUGCUAGUGCCUUCCCUCUGAUAUCUCCAAUUAUAUAUCUGCUUAAAUAAACUUCUGCCCAAAAUAAUUGGCAAGUGAUUAUUUGAAGAAGAUCCUGUGUAAUAUCUGGGAAGUCAUUAACGCCAUAAUGAAGCACUUCCUGAGGAUGCUGAUUCAGGUUUGCGUGUAUUUUUACUGCAAGUGCCUGUGGCGCUGUAUGAAAUUUGUGGUGAGGAAACUAACAGGACGGUGUGAGCUACAAAGAAUCUGUUACAAUAACAAGCCAGGAGCUGGCAGAACCAUGAAAAUAGAAUCAUCAUUGAGGGAUUCCAAAAGUAAGCUGUUGCAGACUUCAGUAAGUGUUCACCCGGAUGCAAUUGAAAAGACUGUUGAUGAUAUCAUGGAACUGAAAAAAAUCAAUCCUGACAUAAAUCCACAGUUGGGGAUCUCUCUCCAGGCUUGUCUUCUGCAAAUUGUAGGGUAUCGAAACCUCAUUGCAGAGGUUGAAAAGCUACGUAGAGAGCCAUAUGAUUCAGAUAAUCCCCAACAUGAAGAAAUGCUUUUGAAGUUAUGGAAAUUCUUAAAGCCUGAUACUCCUCUGGAAGCUCGGAUUUCUAAGCAAUGGUGUGAAAUUGGUUUCCAAGGUGAUGAUCCUAAAACAGAUUUUCGAGGGAUGGGACUUCUGGGACUGUAUAAUUUGGAGUAUUUUGCUGAAUGGGAUGUCGUAACAGCUCAACAGGUGCUCUCUGAUUCUCUUCAUCCAAAAUACAGGGAGGUCACUAAAGAAGAAAUAAGCAAAUUCAGCAAAGCAGAAUGGGAAAAGAAAAGGUUGGAUAAAGCAAUUGGGUAUUCUUUUGCCAUUGUGGGAAUUAAUAUUACUGACCUGGCCUAUAACCUUCUGGUAAGCGGCGCUCUGAAAACCCAUUUCUACAAUGUUGCACCUGAAGCCCCAACUUUGUCUCACUUCCAGCAAACUUUCUGUUAUUUGAUGCAUGAAUUUCACAAGUUCUGGAUUGAAGAGGACCCCAUGGAUAUAAUGGAGUUCAAUCGCGUGCGGGAAAAAUUCCGCAAGAGGAUCUUAAAACAGCUGCAGAAUCCAGACAUGGCAUUAUGCCCCCACUUUGCUGCCUCAGAAGGUUUAAUCAAUAUGUAGUCAAUCCUUAUUAUUCUACUGGAAAAUACUUGGGACACUGCCUCACUUCCUGUGUUAGAGCUCUGCUUAAGUCACAACUCCCAUACUGAAUGAACAUGGCAAUUGUAUGCAUGCUUUUUGGUGCAGUAUUUUUAUCUCUUUUGGUUAUUAUAUGUAUCAGAUCCCCAGAUACUAUUUCUGGGGCAUCUGCCAUCAAAUUCGUGCUCAUAUUGUGGCAAUUUGCAGUGUUACAUCUUGACAUCCAGGUACGAAGAGAGUUUUUUCUAUUUUUUUAGAUUAUCCCCCCUCAUAAUUCAUCAUCAAAGAAUUGUAUUUCUCUAUAGCUGUGUUUUGUAUAUGUGAAAUAACUAGCUGAAUCUUGUACUGUGAAAGCCUUUUAACUUAUUGAUAUUUUUUUUUUGACUGCUGCUAUUGACAUUUCAAGCCAAGUCCAUGCUUGGGCCUCAUUCCAAUGAUGUAUAUCACUUUAAUGUAAUGCAGGCAGACACAUGAUAAGCCAAACUCUUCCUUGCAAGCUUAGUUGCGCUUCAUGAAAAUGUAAUGAGGCUUACCAGAUACAAGCUUUUGUAGGGGCUGCUCAUUCAAAAGAAGGCAGAAUUCCAUUGUGACGUCUCCUAGUCAUGAUCCGCAUCGUAGCCAUCUAAAUAUCAAAUUAUCUUACUUCCAUUAUUUCAUCGGCUGAGAGGCCUAAAUCCAUCUGUGAUGCCUGAACACUAACAAAAGAUGGAUCCCUUCUAAAGGAUUUUUUCCACUGCCUGACUCCUGUUGACACUUAGGGUUAGUCUACAGCCUGGUUCUGAUCCACACUCCUGUGUUUGGGGAACUGAGUGCUGAAUGGGACAGCUUACUGUGUUGGGAGGGAGGGAGCACAUGCUAAUAUUGUGUGUGGAAAUUGGUGGCAAAGGAGAAACCUAGAAGUAUCCUUUCUGCAGAUUUUGCUUUAAAUUAAAAGUUUAAUCCUCUAUCAUGAUGUUCCUUAAAAGAAGGGAAAAACCAGAUUCCCAAACUGGUAACAAUUAAAAGGAGAAAAUAAAGUAAAAUCUUUUGGAAAAAAACCCAAACAAACAAAAAAUCCCACCUUCCCCCAUUUAGUUUGGAACGAUGACUGUAUAGUCUGUCAACUGGUGUUUACCAUGGCAUUUCAUACCCAUGGUAUUUUAUACCUUCUAUCAAUUUUAGUAUUAUUAGAAGUUUGUGUAAUCAAUAGCAUAUGAAAAUGACUUUUGAGUACUGACCAAGUAAUUGUCAGUUAUAUGAAUAAAUUACAUGUCAUUCUAAAAGAGAGCUUAGUGGGUUUGUUUUUUCUUCAUUUGUUCACAUAGGAUUCCUGGAUAUGCAUGUGGGAAGUGAGUGAGAGGUUCAAAAGAAGGAAAAUGGGAGUCGAUUAUACAUCAUAUAGUAAUUCUUAGAGACAAAAUAUCUUUGUUUCAGAGAGAAGCUCUCUGUUCCAACUAUUAUCUAGGCCAGGUGGUGUUUUAAUGAAGGAAUGGAAUUCAGUCUGUUUUUCUUAAUAUCUACCAAGAUUAUCUCAUGUAGGGGGAAAGAGUGAAUGAGGAUGUAGCAGAAAAACCUUAUUCUCCUCCACAACUGAGCUGGGCACUGCUAUGGCCCUUAGUGAACAUUUAUCUGCUUCCUGGCUGCUUUACCUUUUCCAAGUCUCUUAGGUUCUCUUCUUAGUAUCAUUCAAACACCAGGUGGCUUUAUUUUUCAUCACAUCUGUUACUGCCUGCUCUGUGACCUUCUGAGAGUGGGUAAGAGAAGGAGGCAGUAAUAUGCACUGAUACCUGAGUAGCCCAGCACAGAUAGGAGGUAAUUGGGAAAGCUGGUGCACACUGCAAAUGAUCCAUCUUGGGAGCUCAUUUCCUCAGUAUCUCUAAUUCCUUUAACCUCCCUGUGAGAACUAAGGUAUCACUUCAUACACACAUUCAGCUCUUGACAGUCAUAUGUGUCUAUUGUCCUUUCCAAUUUCUCGCUGGCCUGUUUCAGUGUGAAAUGCUUCUUAUCUUGUUUGUCACUUCAACAAGUUCUUGUCUUUCUCUAUUCAGAUUUCUAUAGCUGAUGACAUGAAAGACUCAAGUUCAUUCCCAUUUUUUCCUCUGGCUCCAUGAGUGGGACCUUUCUAUUGUUCCUUAACAAGGCUGUGCAUAUUUUGAGAUGAAUGGAGACUGACUGACUCCAGGUGUAUAAUUAGAAUUAUUAGAAUCCUCAUUCACACCUUUUUGGGGAACGUGCAUUUUCAUCAACAACACUUCGGGGACCGGGAGGGAGAGGAAUGUAAAAGGUGAAAAGCAUUGAAAAUGUGUAACUUUAGGGGGCAGCUAGGUGGCGCAGUGGAUAAAGCACCGGCCCUGGAGUCAGGAGUACCUGGGUUCGGAUCCGGCCUCAGACACUUAACACUUACUAGCUGUGUGACCCUGGGCAAGUCACUUGACCCCAAUUGCCUCAUUAAAAAAAAAAAAAAGUUUAAAAAAAAAGAAAGAAAAUGUGUAACUUUGUUCUUCCCCAGCAUCCUGAAUGAGUUGCUCUGCUUCUGUGGCCACAUUCUCUCUUAGUGGAGGAUGGCCACUUAAAAUUGUAACUAUGGGCCAAAGAAGGAGAGUUCUACCCAAACACCCCUAGCUAUACUAUAAGCAUAUUCCAUCUCUCUCUAUGGAAGAUGAACACAUUUGUUCUUUAGUAAAGGUCUUCUUGCAUUGCAGGCCUCCCAUGUGUGCAGAAAGACAAAUAUAACCAGACUUUGAGGCAGUCCCUGCCUCCUAGAUAGUCAUUAUCAAUCAUUUUAUUCAUUUGGAUCCAUGGUUAUUGAACAUUAUGACAGGGUAGAGCCAUCAGAUAUCAGAGUGAGUUAAGAUUUUGUGCUUACCUAAUAGCUUGAGUAGUUUUUGUGUAUUUGUUUAUUUGUUUGUUUUGGGGAGGGGGUUGAGAUUAAGUCUCCCCAUCUCACCCAGGCUGGAAGUGCAGUGACCACUCACAGACCUGAUCUCUUUACUGAUCUGCAUGGAAGCUUUUACCUGUUCUAUUCCUGACCAAGGCUGGUUCACCCCCUCCUCAGGCAGCCUGGUGGCCUCACUGUUGUCUGGUGCUUAAAAUAUUAGUACCAGCUUUAGUAUAGACACCUAAUCAGCUUUAGACCUACUGCGGCUCAGAACUUCUUGGUAUAAAUGCUUCACCAAUCUUGACUUCCUCAUUAGGUCUAGGUUUCAGGCAUAUACCACCAUACCACUGACCUGGUCAUCAUUUAUUGCAUUUGAUUUCUUAGGGACUAAAUUCACAGCAGAUCAUUCAGCUUGUUUUGUUCUUUAUGCCACUGUGAUGUGGGGGAUUGGUUGAAUCGAUCAAAUUAAUUGUGAGGCGUCCCAAAGAAUCACAAGACUCAAUGACUCAGUUUCCCAAGUUUUGUUAGAAGACUGGUGGCCACAGGGAGAAUUCAAGGAAAAUGGUUAUAUUUAUAGUGAGAAAAAGUAGGUUAUCUCCUCAUUAUCUUAAUCUCCUCCUUAGGGAGGUUCAUAUCUUAAUUUGGAAUUCUUGGGGUCCUAAGACAUCCCCCGAGGCAGGUACCUUUUCCCCUGGAGGUGUGUUUUGGGGGUUUAAACAUCAUAAGGUGAACCUAAGGACAUAUUUGGUCAUUUUGUGCAUAUUGAUAAGAAUAUAAACCUUAGUUUCUCUGUUAACCCUUCUGACUACUAUUGAUGACUCAAGUCUGUUAACCCUUUUAGGCUCCUCCAUCAACUGGAGACAAGCAAGUAAUAUCCUUCUCAAUUCUCUGUGCAAGCUCAUUCAUCUCAAGCAAAAGCCAUUCUACUCCUCUAUCCUCUGGCAAGGGAACAGCUCUGCUUCUUGACUGAUAUAGGCAUUUUCACAGGCACCAAGUUGGGUUGAUUGCAGGCCUACCCACACUAGAUACAGAAAACAGAGGGUUUUCAUUUCUAUGAAGCACAUUUUUCACUUCCUAACCCCUAGUAGGACUGGUAGAAGUGGGGAGGAGGGAGGCCUGCAGAGGCUCAAGUUUUACCUUAAAGACCAGGAAAGGCAAGCACCUGAGACUUUAUGAAAUUAUCAAAACAUGGGCUUAGCUUGAAUAUGAAGUUUUAGAUGCAUCCUGGAUUCCUCAGGAAUUAUCCAUUGUCUAUAAGAUGAAAGAGUUUGAAUGCUACUUUAACUUCUCCCCAGUCUUCUGCCCUAUCUGCAUAUAAUAUUGUUAGGGCCAGAGGAAGCAGAGAAGAGUUUACUUCAGACUCUGUCCUUAAUGUUCUCUUUCCUGUACAUUCCCUGAGGCAAAGAGCUUGCAUAAGUAUUACACUUCAGACACAGAUACAUCAAUACUGUGGCAUUUCAAUCAGCCCUGUGUUAGGUGUCUGUAGUAUCCCUGACUGCCCCUGCUUCCGGGGUAGGGCAAGAUUUGGCCUUAUGCUUUUCCCUUGUGAGAGUUAAAACAAACCCCAAAUAAAGGACUAUUGCUAUUAGCAUUGCUGGCCAGCCCACUUCUUUUGUGAAAGUCCUAUUGCAAUAGCCUCCUCAUUGGCUUCCUUGCCUCUGGUCUUCCAACUUUCCAAUGCUUCUUUCAUACAGCUGCCAAAAUAAUCUUCCUGUAGUUUUCCUGCAACUAGGUGGCACAGUGAGUGCCAGGGUUGGAGGUAGUAAAACCUGUGUUCAAAUCCAGCCUCAAACACUGUGUGGUCCUGGGCAA